AUGGCAGGCUCUCUUGAUAUUGAAAAGAGUGUCGCGGAGCUUCCUGCUCAUGUUGAUGUCCUUCCGCCCACAAUCUAUCAUCCUCCAGGACGAAUACGUCGUGGACCACCUGCCAACGCCUAUUAUCCCAACGUGACCUCUUCAGUCUGCGAUUCUACAAUCAAAGAAUGUAACCUCGAACCAAGCAGAUUGCAAAUCAUGACCGACCACGACACAAACUCCCGACCCUCCUGCUUCUCAAACUGGGCUCAAGAAUGGGCUUUCGUCUUUACGGUUAUGCUGGCUUCGUCCUCCACAACCAUCAUCCAGGGUGUCGUACUCAUCAUGACCAACACGAUUGGCCAAGGACUAAAAGCCUCUGCUCCUCAAGUAACCUGGAUUGCAGCUGCAGUUGGACUUGGCAGUGGUUCAUUUAUGCUCUUCUUCGGUAAAGUAGCGGAUGAAAUGGGUCGUAAGAUUCAAUUACUUAUCGGAUUGCUAUUUAUGAGUGCCUUCGCUCUCGUCGCCGCCUGGAGUCCCGGUCCAUACGAACUAAUCGUCGUCUGUGGUCUUCUUGGAAUGUGCACAGCAGUAAUUGCUCCACCAGCUCUCGGUAUCCUCUUCGCCGCUUAUCCAGAAGGUCGUCGAAGAAACCUGGCAUGUGGUGCUCUUGGAACUGGUAAUCCCGUCGGCUUCAUUUUAGGAAGUGUUUCAUCCGGUCUCGCCGUAAAAUAUUAUGGAUGGAGAGCGAGUUUUGUCGUCAUGGCUAUCUUCUUUUUUCUUUUGGUUAUACUUGCUUUUUGGACGGUGCCGGUGAUUACAAGAGUGGGUAACAGAUCAGAUGCGAUUCGAAGAUUCGAUUAUGCUGGUUCUAUAUUCAUUGUUUUGGCUGUCGCUUUGAUAUCAGCAGGACUGACAGAAGGACCUCAAAGUGGUUGGCUAUCAGUACACGUCGUUCUUUUACUUAUAUUUGGUAUAUUCUUCAUUCUCGGUUUUAUUGCCUGGGAAUACUUUUACGAAAAUCCCCUUCUCGAUCUCUCGGUUUGGCGCAACGGCAACUUUAGUCUUUGUGUAAUCUGUAUGGGAUUCGGAUACAUGUCAUUCAUCACAAACGAAUUCUGGAUCGCAUUAUACAUGCAAGAUGUACAACAUUACAUGCCAUUACAAAUUGCUGCUCGUAUGUUGCCUCAAGCAGUGGCAGGAGUAUUUUGGAGCUUCUUGGGACAAUGGCUUAUUCAAAAGGUGCAUGGAACCAUUGUGAUGGGCAUUGGAUCUUUAAUGUAUCUCGCGGGGGCAAGUUUACUGCUGUUCAUCAAGGAAGAUACAUCAUAUUGGUUAUUUCUAUUUCCAGCGCUUGUCAUUACAGUCAUUGGUGCGGAUUUUCAAUUCAUCGUCGCGAAUCAGCUCUACGCAAAUAAGCAAAUGCCAACCCAAGCAUCCCUCGGUGUCGGGAUUAUUCAAACAGCUUACAGACUCUCCAUAACCAUUGGUCUAGCCAUUACAUCCGCCGUCUUCAACACCGCCACUUCAAAAGAAGCAAUUAUCGAAGACCCAACUAUCCCUUAUCGACGUGUCUAUAUCUGCGCCAUCAUAUUUGCCAGUAUCGGACUCGCAUGUAUUCCGUUUAUGCGAAUCCAAACCCGCGCCAAAGAUGACACAUUUACACCUCCUCGCCCAACAACCUUGAGAUCAGAAAACAACGACGGUAUGAUUGUCAACCAUCCUUCAUCUCAAUCACACUAUGACACGUUACUCCGACAACUCAAUCUCCAUCGCGAGAAUCCCCUCAACACCGACGAACGAGUUUACCGCGGACAUCGUGCCGAAAUCAAUAAUGCUCAACGCUAUGAUCCUGCACUUCCAAGAUCUAUGACUAUGAAUGAUAUCGCUCAAGGUCUUCUUCGUCUCCCUCGAUGGAGCUGGGAAAAUAGACCAAGAGCAGGUUUUUGGAGAAACCGUAGAGGUAGUCAAUGUCACUGGGAGAGUAGCAGUGGAGACAUCUUUGAGAUAUGCAAGAAGUGUAAGGAAGAGAGAAAGAUCAAGGAUGAAGAGGGUGCGUGGCAGGAGAUUGGUGAGGCGGGUAGGGAUUGUGUUAAGGAGGGUGGAAGAGGCAAGGGUACGAGAGCUAUGGAGUUGGAGAUUAAGGAUGAGAGGAGAUUUACUGUCUAG